CGUCGUCUCUUCCGAUGCGUGCUUCAUACAAAGGGGUUAAUGGCCACAAUGGCGUCGUCUCUCAAUCCCACUCCGCCAGGAGAAACAACAGCUCGCAAAGAAACUGGAGUUCCUCUCGGUCACCUGCCUACCAUCUCGAUCAACAGUGAUUCACUCGAUCCACUCAAGAAGAGUCGAAGCAUGUCGAGCGGUGACAACCAGAGGGACGGACGCUUCGAUUCCUUCAAGGCAUGGUCGGGAAGACUGGAGAGGCGGUCGUCGUAUCUACGUGGAAGGCCGCAAGAACCAGAGGUGGAGGCUUCUGAUUCCGACAUCGUUAAGGACGAGCCUGUGCCUGCGGCCGAUCGCUACUUCGACGCCUUACAAGGACCUGAACUGGACACUCUACGGCCUCGGAGGCGUCGGUUCUUCCAGAGGACGAGACAUGGCCUUUCCUGCUUCGUUUUCCCAUCUCUCAGGAGGGUUCUCUGCCAUCUCCCCCUUCACUGUGACAGCUCUGCUCAUUGCCACCAUCAUUGCCUUUGUCCUCCAUGACCUCUUCCCCAUUGAUGUCUCCAUUGCCAUCACACAGAAAAGACCAAGAUUGAGCAAGUUCAUGGCAACUCUGAGAUCAAGUCAGACGUGAAGCAGCAGGUGGGUUCAGCUUUAAGAUCCUUGUACCUACAUGGCAAAAUGCUUCAUCUUCCAACAAUCGAUGCAAUCACAGCAGCCAAAUUGUGAGUUUUAUGAAACCAGGUGAAGGUCAGGUAAAUAAAAGCUUCAUUAUAAUUUAGUGUU